CAGGGUCAGCCAGGGAAACGCGGUUUCUCGACCCACUUUCUCAGGAGACGUGUCCCCACUGAGCCCUGGGAUCAGAGACUCGAAGACUCACGGAAGGAAGGCCGCCCGGAGGUCCCCAGAGCUCACGGAGCUGCAUGACUGAGGGGGCCCUGAACCUGCUCUCCAGGGAGGUGACGCUGUCCAUGGUGGCCACACCCAGUGAGGGUUUCUCCUGUCCCCACUGGAGGUCCAACUGCCUGUCGCCCACAGGGGAACAGAAGCUGGAUAUUGAGCACCUAGGCAGGGCGAGCACGAGCAAGCCCCCCAAUGACGGACCCCUCUGGGAGGAAGCGCUCGUCGGCAAAAUCAGGACCAUGUCAGCCUUGCAGAAGAGCCAGGUGUUGGAGGCCAUCCAGUGCCACAUCCGGGAGCACACCCAGCUCAUCAGGAAAGAGGUGCCCAACGCUGGCCUCCAGGAGCUCCUGGCGGCCUUGAACCUAGAACUCAGGCAGCCUUUGGAGAAGACCUUCCUCUUCCACUUUUACGGGCUGAUCCUCCGAGAGUGCUCCUGUGUGGACCUGGUGAGGAGGCACCUGGCCAGCCUCCUGGAGCUGUCCCACCAGUCAUCCGGCCAGCGGGAGGGCAUUGCCGUGGCCAUCGGCAUUGUGUCCUCCAGGCACAUGCAGGAGGUGUGGGCCACGCUGGAGCACGUGGGCCGCACCAGGUUCCUGAGGACUGUCUUCACGUCCCCAGACAGCCAGCAGCCGGAGCCGGACACGCACUGGAGAUGGGCUGGCAGCACCUCCCUGCUCUGCUACGGGCAGAUGGCCGCGCACGCCGGGGCGCAGAUCCUGCCCUGGGUGGACAACAUCGUGUCCAGGAUGGUGUACUACUUCUCUUGCAGCCGCUACGACAACAUCCUCAAGACCAGCUUCCUUUCGGCCACCAUCAUGCUUUUGAAGGCUCUCAGGCAGAACAGCACCCCGAGCUACAAAUUCUCUCAGAUCCCAGAGCUCAUCCAGUGCCUCCUGUGCAUCCUUCAGAAGGAGCCCAACUUCCUGACCACCCUCUUCCGGGAGAAGAUCAUAUUGAUCAUUGUGGGACUGAGCAACCUGCGGCCCGGUCUCAAACCCAUGGUCAAGUCCCAGAUCCUGCAGACCUGCCUGCAGAGCCUGUACACGCUCCCACCCACGGAGACGCUCAGGAGCAGUUUACCUCCAUUGGACGUGGCCCCGGACGUCACGGCACUGUACCGGAAGUCGAUGCAGGCAUUGGACCUGCUGCUGCAGAGCCUCAUCUCCGAGAACAAGAGUGUGGACGAGCUAUGCUUCAUCCUGCAGCACAUGGAGCCGUGGCUGAAGUCAGACAGCAGCCACGAGCGCCAGCGGGCGGUGCAGACCAUCUUCCUGUUCCUCAAGUACGUGGUGGACUACGUGGGGCUCACUGUGAGUCGCCUCGCCCGGCACCCUCGGGAGGGCAGCCAGGAAGGAGGAGGCCACCCCCUCCAUGCUGGGCCACCAGAUAGGCCUGCUCAUGCUGCUGUGGAGGGACAAGGAGCCCGUCACCCAGAGCCACGCCCACCAGUGCGUGUACCUCCUCCUGCAGCUGCUGACCCAGCAGAAGGCACGUCGGAGUUCACGUAUUUGAAUAAAAUGAAGAACUUUGAAGCAAAUGCCAGGAGGAAAUCAGAAAUGAAGUUCUACGACCUGGUGCUGGAUGGGAACCUGACCGUGGCCCAGCACACGCAGCUCGUCCUCACUCUCCUGCGAGGGCUCUGCAGCCACAACCACCUGCGCUGUGACCUGGCCUCACAGUUGCUCCUGAUGAUCGUCGAGGACCACAGCAUCAAGGCAGAGCAGGUGGCUGAGAUCCUGCAGGGUUUGUUCCAGGAGCUGCCCUCUAUCAUCUUUAAGAACGCCCUGCAGACCGUGAUGCAGGCCGUGUCAGUGUUGGGGACUCAGCACACCCAGGAGACAGUCGAGGUGAUACUGUCCCUGUGUCACCCCUCUGAGAGCGUCUCAGGGAGCACCGGCUUGUCACAGGCCCACAGCACCUUGGACAGGGAACAGAGUUCUGGGGGAUGCAGACAGGUCAUACCCCUGUGGAAGGCCCUAGCCAGCAACACCCAGCUGGCCCGCAAGGUCCUCACCCUGCUCUACGUGAAGCUGAGGCUGCGACCCCCCAAAGAGCUCAUCAGGUUCACCCAGCAGGCGGAGCUCAUCUCCCUGCUGGCCCUGGGUACCAUUUAUGAGCUCCUGUACACCCGGGAGUACAAGGCCACGGUGCGCUGGGCCUUCGCAGGGGUCCUCGUGGGCUUGCUCACGCAGCUCCGUUACCUGUUUGAGCUGGAUGUGGUGGACGGCAUCUCAGACUACCAGGAGGAUGUCCUAGACAGGAAGCCCCUCAGCCCCUGCAGGACAUGCCUGGAGGCCCUGAAGGGUCUCUUCUGGACCACCAACUACUGGGAGGUGUUUGCCUACCUCAAGCUGCUGAGAGGCUGGGAGCUCUUUGAGCACAUGGAAACCUACACCGAGGGGGUGACCCUCUUGGCUAGGGCCAUGGCCCACUAUGACUGUGAGGUCAAGGCCGUCUUGGGACAGGCGGUCAUCUCCCUGAAGAGCUCUGAGGAGCGGGACAACAUCGUGGCCAUCCUCAUCAUCACGGAGUUUCUCAACAGCCACGAGCUCACCCAGUACAUGUCUCGGAGAACCGUGGACAACUUCCUGAGCCUGGGCCUGAACAACCCCAACCAGCUGGUGCGGGCCAUGAGCCUGAAGGGCCUCAGCAGUGCCCUGAUGCAUCCUGAGAAGGUGAUGCUGCUCCGGAACCGGCUGGCCGGGCUGCUGGACGGCUUCGUGGGGCCCGAGCCCAAGGACCUCAUGGGCCUGAUGGAAAUCCUGGGCGACAUCCUGCACCGCCUGGGGGCCCAGGGCGUCGGCGCCACCAGCCUCAGGAUGGCCCAGCACCUGCUGCAGCUGUUCGACGAUGAACAGGCCGACGUGCGCGGAGGGGCCAUCCUCCUGUACGGAGACGUGCUGUACAGCGGCGGCAAGAAGUACCAGCAGGCACUCAAGAAUCACGCUUUCCAGGCCCUGGUGCCACUGUUCUUCCACCUGGCCGACUCCUGCCCCAAGGUGGUCAUGAAGACAAAGCUGACCUUCCUGCGCUGUGCCGUCCUGCUGAAAUGGGAGUUCCGGAAGGAGCUGUUUGGGAAGCUGGCAUGGGGUCGUGGCCUCAGCGCCGAGAACGACGUUUUCAUCUACACGGUGGAGAGCAACCUUGGCAACUACCACCGGUUUCUCAUGCAGGCGUUGACUUACCUGAGCAGCCCCGACAGGAACCUGAAGCAGGCGGCCAUGAAGUUCAUCAGGGGGAUGCUGCAGGACUACUUUCCCGACCUCUGCAUCUGUCUGAGGAAGGCCGACGUGAGGACCCUCAGGAAACACUUGGAGAUCCUGAAGCAGGACCCAGACUCCAUGAGCCGCAGAUUCUACAGCAGCUUCCUGGAGGACAUCUGGGAGCUGUCCCAGUACGUGACCCACUGAACCGUGGCUCGAUGUCGUGCUGGUUCCCGGCGUGUGUUUGACAUUCUCUAUUAAAUGUGACAGAGUUCCCUUUGGCCUCCCUGGGCU